ACUAGUAGUAAAUUAAUCAAAUAUUAACACGAAAAGGGUACUUUAUAAUAAUUAUUACUAAACCGUACUAAUAUUUUGAUAAACAAGGAUCGAUAAAUUCUUGUCUAAUCUGCAAAAAGAACAAUAUAAAACAGCCAAAGAAACCAUAUCGCAGCUGCCAUUGAUGAACCACACGAUCAAACCGCUGACUAGGGGUUCUUAAUCUAAUCAAACGGUGUAUACCCGAUAAAACACGCAAGUUAGAUAAACGCUUCCGCAUCUGAUUAUUUAGAUUUAAAUUUAAAAAAAUCUGAGGAUGUUGCCUUGAAAGAGUCUCUCAUUGACUUGACCCUCUCUUAUAAAAAUACCUUCCCACUCUCUUCUCCACUGUCAAAUCAAAUCAAACCGUUCUUCCUUAACCAUCUUCUUCCUCUGUUUCCUCCAAAAUAUUAAGAGAUUUUGAAAUCUCAUUCAAUGGCAACACCAAACGAAGUAUCAGCUCUUUUCCUCAUCAAGAAGUAUCUUCUCGACGAAUUGUCUCCGUUGCCUACUGCCACCACCAAUCCAUGGAUGAACGAUUUCACGUCAUUUGAUCAAACCGGUUUCGAGUUUUCUGAAUUUGAAAUUAAACCGGAAAUAAUCGAUCUCGUCACACCCAAACCGGAGAUUUCUGAUUUCGAGCUCAAACCUAUAAUUGAUUCACAAAUGAAAUCUGAAAUUCCACUUGAAUCGAACGAUUCCUUCACGUUCCAAUCGAAUCCUGCUCGCGUUAUUGUUAAAUCCAAUCGGAAACCGCCGUUGAAGAUCGCGCCACCGAACCGAACUAAGUGGAUUCAAUUCGCAACCGGAAAUCCUAAACCGGAACUUCCCGUACCGGUUGUAGCAGCAGAAGAGAAGAGGCAUUACAGAGGAGUGAGAAUGAGGCCGUGGGGGAAAUUCGCGGCGGAGAUUCGAGAUCCGAACCGUCGUGGAACUAGAGUUUGGCUCGGGACGUUUGAGACGGCGAUCGAAGCGGCUAGAGCUUACGACAAAGCAGCGUUUAGACUCCGAGGAUCAAAAGCGAUUCUGAAUUUCCCGCUUGAAGUUGGCAAGUGGAAUCCACGCGCUGAAGAUGGUCAUGGCCUGAACAACAAACGGAAGAGAGACGGCGAGGGGGAGGAAGUGACGGUGGUGAAGAAGGUACCAAAGACGGAGGAGAGUUACGCCGUUAGCGGCGGCGAGAAUGUUGAGUCGGCGACGUCAGGUUUGACGGCGUUUGAUGACUGGGACAUGACGGAGUUUCUGAGCAUGCCGCUUUUAUCGCCGUUAUCUCCACACCCACCGUUUGGUUAUCCACAAUUGACCGUUGUUUGAAUUUUAUUUUUUCUGUUGGGUCAGCUUGUUGUAUGCUGACGUGGAAUUAUGGCAUAUCUUUGGUUUUUUUA